CUCUACAAAACAAAGCUAAAUUUUUGACAAUGAAAACAAAAACAAACUCAUUAAUUUAUAGAAUUUUUCGAAAAAACGCCUAAAAAAUGUUAAUUAAAUAAGAAAAAUUCAACGAAACCUUCUAAAAUGGACAAUAUUAAAUUAGAGGAAAUCGAACAUACCUCCAACGGUGAUCAUAUAUAUGCUGAAAAGCAGACUUGUGUACUGGAAGAAAAUGAUACACAAUGUGGACAUGUCUUCUAUAAUGAAAAUACACGUUUGCUAAAGUUCUAUUGUACCUUUUGUCGUGAAACUUAUGAUAAUAUUGAAUAUUUCUGUCAGCAUCUAAGUGAACAUUUAAAAGAGGAAAACCAUGAGGAAAUGGAAGGACAAGCGUAUAAACAAGAGGAGCUGCAGGAGUUGAUGGCACAGGAAGAAGAGUUGCUGGAGGAAGAGGAGGAAGUAGAGUUUUUGGCUGACCUAGAGGAAUGUGUAGAUAAAACUUUAGUUUCUGACAAAGAAAUCAAUGAAUUGGAUAUGUCUUCCUAUCCUCAAACCCAAACGGAGGAUGACGAUGAGGAUACUCGAGAUGCUUUUGAGUAUGAUGAGGAACUGGAUAAACAAUCACUUAACACUGAAAUUUCAGGCCAUAAUUUUGUUACAGAUGCUUUGCCUCUGGAACACGAUUUAAACAAUACCGAAAUGCUUAUAGAGGAAAUAGAAGAUGCUGAUGAGAUACGUGCCGAGGUAGAACAAGAAAUGCGUGAUACCUUGACAGAGGAUAAUAGUUAUUUGCUAUUAACGGAUAACACUACUUCAAGAGAUACAAACGAUUAUGUAGAUAAGUUAAAAACGUCGACAUUAGCAUCCAGUCCUUCAGAUAAAGUGAAAAGCGGCAAUAGUUUUGAGGAAUGUUUUAUAAAUGAAACAAAUAUCGAUAAGAUACGUUCGGAAGGGGUAUGUGUGUUGAAAGAGAAAAAUCCUAAAGAAAGUAAUAGACUAACGCAAAAGAAAAGGUCGAACAUACAGGACUUAUUACGUUUAAAACGUCGACGUAAAAAGGUCACCACGGUUAAAGUAAUCGCCGUCAAGAAUCGUAUAGCAGAACUUUAUGAACGCAUACAAAAUGAGCAGCAAAAAUCCCAACAGAUAUUUUCCUCAGAUAUAUUAAAUGCACAAAAUGAACAGGAAACUCAAGAUGCUAUAGAAAGUUUAAUAGAUAAUGAUGAAGUAGUAGAAACAAAUAAUAAGCUAAAUCCAGCAACACAAACUGAAGAAUCGAAAGCAAAUACAAAUGAAGUGACACGCAAAAUAAUAGGUGAAACUGUUAUAACCUUAAUACCGGAGGGAACUAAAAUACCCAAUAAACUGCCCUCGCCGGUUAGUAAAACUGUCAAUAAUGAUUUAGUAAAAAGCGGAUUAGGCCCCCCACUGAACACUGGCCGUUACAAUCAUUAUAGAGGGCAAGAGGAGGGCAAGAAUAAAUUGGCUGUAUGUCCGGCUUGUGGUAAAACUUUUCGCAGUCAUUUCAGUCUAACUAUACACAAACGUAUACAUUAUCUCGAAUCGGAUAGUAGUGUUAAAUUGGCACAUAAGUGUUCGGACUGUGAUGAACUUUUUAAUAAAUUAAGUCAACUGAAACAUCAUGUGGAGAGUGUCCACUAUCCAGAUGGGUUCAUUUGCAAAAUAUGUAAUCGUCAAUUGAGUAGCCUUUCGUUGCUGGAAAGGCAUAUGGUUAAGGUCCAUUUGGAUCGUCCCUUUAACUGUAAACAAUGUAAUAAAAACUUUUCCGAUCCACUUACCUUUGAAGAACAUUUGGCUUCUCAUAAUUCGGGUGAAGUAUUUAAAUGCUCUACGUGUGGUCGCAAGUAUUCCACGGAAUACUUUUUAAUGGAACAUAUGCGUAAUCACAAAGAACAAGUGCCUCAAACUUGUGUGGUUUGCGGUAAAGUUACUUUGCGCAUUACCCAACACAUGAAAAUACACACACCACGACCCAAACGUUUACUUAGUUGUUCGGUGUGUGGUAAAGUGUUUAAUUUUAGUUCUGGUCUCAGUCAUCAUUUCAAAAUUAUGCAUAAACUGCCUAGACCACCACCAAAACCUAAAAAGGAACAAACCAAUAACACCAUCAAACGUAAACGUCGUCCCCGCUCGAAUGAAACGCGCAGUGUGAAUCGUAAGAAACAAUUAUCACUAAACAGCUCAUCAGAAUCAGCGUUUAUCAUACCAUCCGACAAAUACUCACAGCAAAUAAUUGAAGAACAAAUUGAAAUUCCCCAACAUGAAGUGUUUGACACUAGCACAGCCGCGUCCUUGUUAAAUUUGGAAACUAAACAAUCAGUAAAUAUAACAAAUCCUAGUCAAUCGUAUAUAUCUCUUAGUCACAAUCAUAAUCAAGAUUUGGCGGCAACUGAACUACAGCCACCCGAUGAUGUGAUUAAUCAUAAAGAGGAAGAAGCGAAACGUGUUAUCGUUGAGCUUAUACAAAAUUCUACUUACACUUCAUUCUUUCCCGAUAAUUUCUCUAGUGUAUUAGAGGUAACACCUCCUAUAGCUAGAGAAGAAACUAUUUCAGCGGUAAAUAGUAUAGUGCAUGACUGUUAUUUGUUUGGAUUGUUUGAUUUCAUGGAUUUCUGUGAACAUUUACUGGCUGAACAUUUUCGAAAUAAUCAGCUAGAAGAACAAAUAAUAACAGAAGAAGUUGGUGUGGCCAGAAAUGUUGAUAAUUUCGUAGAAGGGGAGUUAAAACUUAAGGAAGAACGGAUAUGGGCCAGUGAAAAUGAAAAAGAGUUUGAAAAUAUUAAUUUAAAAAAACAAACAAUAAUAGAAGAUGUAACUGAGGAGAUAAUAAACAGUAAUAUUAAUAAUUUACUUUCCGAGGAGAUAAAACUUAAGGAAGAAAUAAAUGAUAUUGAUGAGGAUGUAGCCGGAGAGGUGAAACUUAAGGUAGAGUGGAUAACGGCAAGUGACAAUGAAGAAGAAAAGGAGGUUGAGAGUGAAGAGGAUUUUGAAGAUUUUGACAGUAAUCUUCAGGAGGAAAGUACAGGUGAUGUUUCCCUGCUUAAAGUAUUACAAGUUGAGCCAGAACACAUAAAACGGAACAAAAAAAACGAAAGAAUAAAUGCAGAUGAAGCGUUAAACCCAAAUCUAAGUGAAGACCAAUCAACAGACGAAAAAAAUUGUGGCGAUAAAGACGUUUUAAAAACUACAAUAGAAAAACAGUAUAAAUGUACUGAAUGCUGGGAAAUUUUUCGCCUCAGGAAAAUGCUGCAAGAACAUGUUAACGUUAUACAUAAGGGUUACAAAUGCCCACAAUGCUCUAGACGAUUUCAACAUCAACGUGAACUUCGAAGACACCUAAAGUCACAUCCUAACGAAAUAAAAAUGCCCUGCCCUUACGAUAACUGCAGGCGCAGCUUUAAUAAAUUAGAAAAUCUUAAAUCUCAUUUGGAGUUACAUACAAUGGAGGCUACUUUUGUGUGUAAAGUUGAAAACUGUCAAAGAGCAUUUCCCACAGAGAAACGUUUAACAAAUCACCUGUAUUCACAUAAAAAACAUAAUGAAUGUGAUAUUUGUGGCUAUAGAUGUGCUGCUCCGUCGACUUUAAUAAUACACAAACGUACCCAUCUAGGUGAGAGACCUUUUCAAUGUGAGAGCUGUGAAAAACGUUUUAUUUCGUUAUCAGCCUUAAAGGGACAUGCAAGUAAUGUACAUAAUGAAACCAACACCAAAUUGCCUUGUCCUAGACAAAAUUGUGGACGAACAUUUACAAAUAGAAAAAAUCUUCUGCGUCACCUUGAGGUCCAUACCAUUGAACCCACUUUCGUUUGUGAUAUAGAGAAUUGUGGUAAAGCUUAUCCAACACAGGCACGCCUAAGAGUACACCGUUAUACACAUAAUAAACAGCAUGUUUGUGACAUUUGCGGCUAUAGAAAUUUUUGCGCCGCUACAUUAGUUGUACACAAGCGCAUCCACACCGGAGAGAAACCUUUUACUUGUACAGAAUGCUUAAAAAGUUUUAUAUCGAAAAAAGUAUUGCAGGAUCAUAUGCUGGUUCAUAUUAGCACACGCUCUGAGAGAGUACAUAGCGGAAAUAAAACUGGUAGAAUUAAAGCAAAAAUUAUACGUAUUGCUGAUAGCAAAGAUGAAUAUGCUGUUGAAAAGAUUCCAACAGUAAAUGCCACUAAAAAUUUUUGCCAAAUUAAAUUAUUUGCUUACGAAGAUCUCCUGCAGCACAUACAAAAUGUACAUUUUGACCACCUAACAAAAGAAGACUGUAAUGAAUUUCGCGAAAAUAACGAAUCUAAGGAUGAAAAAUGUGAUGAAAUAUUGGAAUCAUUGGAUAGUUGUGAUAUUUUAUAUGACUGCAAUGAAAAUGACGAUGAGGUUAAUUGUUCCGAAGAAGAAACAAUGAAGGUGUUAAAAGUUAAACCUAAAUUUAGCAAAAUACCUAGAAGCGCUAAAGAAAGUAAUAUAGAGGAAGAAGGAAAUCACUCGGAAGAGACGUCACAACUUUCUACUGCUUAUGAAAUAGGUGAUCCUUAUGCUCCAAACCAAAAAUUCGAAGCUUUAUUAUGUCCCGAUUGCCAGGAGUUAUUUUUUCUUAAAAAGGAAUAUGAUCAACAUGUUGUUGAACAACACAGCGGUCAUAAAUGCCUGAAAUGCGAUAUGCGCUUUCGUCACCGACAUCACCUAAGACGACACUUACAAAAUAUGCACGAGGAUAGCGACGAGCGGAAACAUAGAAGAUUAAAGCAACGAGUACCCUGCCCUUAUACAGAAUGCCCGAAAACUUUUGCUUUACAGGAAUCCCUUAACUAUCACCUAGAAUUUCAUACUAUGAAAUGUACUUUUGUGUGUGGUUUUGAAAAUUGCAGCAGAAGUUUUCCAACGCAACAGCGUUUAGAUCAACACCAAGAGAAACACACUAUGGCACGUACGUUUGUAUGUGAUUUUGAAAAUUGCGACAAAGCUUUUCCCAAUAAAACCCGUUUAAAAGCUCACCAGGAAGUACAUGCUCUAGCAAAACGCUUUAUUUGUGAUACUUGCGGCUAUAGUUGCCGUGCCUCGACUAUAUUGCGCGUUCACAAACGUAUACAUACGGGCGAAAGACCUUUCACUUGUAAGAUAUGCGAAAAUGCUUUUACCUCGCAGGCCACUCUUCACUUGCAUAUGAAUACACAUGCCACUAUACGUCCAUAUGUUUGUCAGAUUUGUCAGGCUACAUUCGCCAAUCGGCAGAUACUUGAUCGACAUGCCUAUACGCAUGCGGAAGAGAAAUUAUUUAAAUGUCAAUUAUGUGAUAAAGCUUUUAAACAACCGGCUGGCUUGGAUGGUCAUAUGAGACGUUUGCAUUUGGAACCAAGACCAAAGAAACACAUACAAAAUAAGCAUUUUGAAAACAUAACAAUAGAAUCUAAUGAAUUUGAAGAUAAUGAAGAGUUUAAUAUAGAAAACAGUGAUGAACUGUUCGAAACAUUGGAAUGCUGUGAAAUUUUAUACGACUACAAUGAUAAUGAUAAAGAGGAUAAUAGUUCUGAAGAAGAAGAAGAAGAAACUCUAAAGGUAACGAGUAUUGAACCUACAAUUAGCAAUACAAUAGAGGAAGAGCAAAACCACUCGGAAGAGUCUUCACAACUUUCAAUUAUUAGGGAAAGAGAUGAUGAAGCCUCUCCUAAACAAAAAGAUAUCGAAACCUGUCCCGAUUGCCAAGAAAUAUUUGUUCUUAAAAAGGAAUAUAAUCAGCAUGUUGUGGAGCAACAUAAUGGAAGUUUGACAGUUGUUAAAAAUAAGCAGCUGGUCAAGAUAAACAAAAUAAUAGAAAAGAAAAAAAUUAACAACAGAAAUUUAAAGAAAGCAAAAAUUAACUUAAAAAUGUUAAAGAUUUUACCGUCUUGCGUGCUAAAUUCACAAACAACAACAAAAUGCGGGGAAAUAUUUUGUGAUCCUUUAAAAAAUGUCACUAUUUGCUGUUGUUUUUGCCAAAUUAAGCUAUUUGCUUACGAAGAUUUCCUACAGCACAUACAAAAUGAACAUUUUGAAAACAUAACAAUAGAGACUAGUGAAUUUGAAGAUGAUGAAGAUUUAAAUUCUAAUGAAUUUGAAGAUAAUGAAAACUAUAACUCUAAUGAGGAUAACGAAGAGUUAAAGGCAGAAAAUGGUGAUGUUUUGGAAACAUUGGAAUGUUGUGAAAUUUUAUAUGACAUCAAUGAUAAUGAUGAAGAUGCCAAUAGUUUUGAAGAGGAAUCAAUGGAUGUUGAACCUACAAUUAGCGAUACAAUAGAGGAAGUGGAAGACCAGUCGGAAGAGACAUCAGUACUUUCUCCUAUAAAUAAAAUAGAUGAACCUGUCACUCCUAAACAAAAAAAUGUCGAAACUUCCAAUUGUCCCGAUUGUCAAGAGUUAUUUUUACUUAAAAAGGAUUAUGAUCAGCAUGUUGUGGAGCAACAUGGUGGACAUAAAUGUUCCAAAUGCGAAAUGCGCUUUCGACAUCGACAUCACCUUAAACGUCACAUACAAAAUAUACACGACAAGGGGAAAACGCAUAUUAAAUUUAAACAGAGAGUGAACUGUCCUUACCCAGAUUGUCCGAAAAGUUUUACUUUUGAAGAAUCUCUUAACUAUCAUCUAGAAUUCCAUACUAUGAAAUGUACUUUUGUAUGUGAUUUUGAAAAUUGCACCAAGGCAUUCCCAUCUCAACAGCGUUUGGAGCAACACCAAGAGAAGCAUAAUAUGACACGAAAGUUUGUAUGUGAUUUUGAAAAUUGCGGCAAAGCUUAUCUCAGCAAUCAGAGUCUAAAGGCACACAAGGAGAUACACGCCCCAGCAAAAAGGUAUAUUUGUGAUAAUUGCGGCUAUAGUUGUAGUACCUCUACCGCGUUGAAAAUUCACAAGCGUACGCAUACGGGCGAAAGGCCUUUUACUUGUAAGAUAUGUGAAAAAUCUUUCACCUCUCAGGCCACUCUACAUUAUCAUACCAAUACCCAUGUCACCAUACGUCCACAUGUUUGUGAGAUAUGUCAGGCUACAUUUACUAAUCGACAUACAAUGAAACGGCAUAUGCUUAUACAUUCGGAAGAGAAAUUAUUUAAAUGUCAGUUAUGUGAUAAAGCUUUUAAACAACCUCAAUGCUUGGAUGGUCAUAUGAGAGGUGUACAUUGGGAACCCAAACCAAAAAAAGUCAAAAAUUUUAAAAAUAUUUCAAAUUCCAGCGAAACAAACACAACAUUCUACCUGCCAGCCACUACUACCAAAUGUGGUGAAAUAUUUUGUCAAAAUUUUAAUGAUUUCUCUAUUUGUUGUGCAUUUUGCCAAAUGAAAUCCUUUCAAUUUGAGGAAUUUCUACAGCAUUUACAAAAUAUCCAUAUAAAAGAUUAUCGACAACAAAUAGGAAUGGUUGCAAAUGAAUAUUUAGAUAUAGAGGUAAAGAAUGAAAGUUUAUUGUAUGAAAAGAAAGGGGAUUGCAAAGAGUGGCAGCCGCAGUUGGAAACACAAAUGACAGAUAAUAGCGAAAAUGAUCAGGAUAUUGACGAUGAUAGAGUCGAUAGUAGUGAAGAGGAAAAAUUUAGGAUUUUAAAGAAAACUAAGAGGAAAGUAAUAAGAAAACGGAACAGCAUACAAAGUCAAUCUACGAGUUCAGAGGAAAUGGAUAUGCCGGUGAAUAUUUCCAAAUCACCUUUAAAUGAUUCCGCAAAAAAUAAAGACGAAGAACGGGUCUCAAAUACCAAGAAAAAACACAAAGACAUAGAAUACUCCUGCUCGGAAUGCACAGAAAUAUUUGCACAGAAAAAAAAUCUUGAUCGCCAUGUUAUAGAACUGCAUAAUGGCUACAAAUGUCCACAAUGUGAUAAACGUUUUGGACGCAGUUAUCAUGUAACAUAUCACCUAAAAACUCAUACUAUAGAAAAAAAAUUCAAAUGUCCCAUGGAAAAUUGUGGUCGAGGUUUUAUAGACGAAGAUUAUCUUAAGCGGCACUUAGAGGUGCAUACCAUGGACCGUACGUUCAUUUGUGAAUUUGAAAACUGUGGCAAAGCUUUUCAAACCUAUAGACGUUUGGCCUCCCAUCAGUAUAGACAUCGUAUACCUAAGAAAUUUGUUUGCGAUAUGUGCGGUCACGGUUGUCGUUCUAAUACCGAAUUGAUAACCCAUCAACGAGUGCAUACGGGAGAGAAACCAUUUGCCUGUAAGGUGUGCAGUAAACCCUUCAUAUCGAAAACAGCUUUAACCGAACAUAUGAUAUCACAUUCCGAAACUAGGCCUCAUGUUUGCGGCAUCUGCCAAGCAGCCUUUGCUAAUCGUCGUGUACUAGUACGUCAUAGUUUUAUACAUUCCGAGGAGAAAACAUUUAAAUGUAAAUUAUGUGAAAGUGCUUUUAAACAUCCUAACUCUUUGCAGGGCCAUAUGCGCAAUACAAACAUGUUAAAAUUAAUGCCCACAUUUAAUUUUAACACUCAACCCAAAACUAAAUGUGGAGAAAUAUUCUGCCACAACUCCAACGAUUUUACCGUCUACUGUACAUUUUGCGAAAUGAAAUCUUUUUCCUUUGAGGAUUUUCUAAAACAUCUUAAAACUUUACAUUUUGUUAGUGAAGUGUGUAAAAAUGAAGGCACAACAUAUUGCCCCACCAAGUUGGAAACUGAAGAGGACAAAAUAUAUGAUACUUUAAUAAAAUCGUAUGAUAAUGCUGAUGAGGAAGACCAGGCAGAUUUCGAAAAUACUGCUCUAGAUGAUAGAAAUUUUGAUGAUGAUGCUGAUUACUGUGAUAAUGAUAGUUAUGAUGAGCCUUUGGUAGUAUUAAAGAAAAAACUAGUUAAGCAAAGAAGCAAAAGGUGUAAAACUAAAACGGAAAGCAAAAGUGACCAGAGUGAAGAAGAGGAUUUUAGAGAUUUUGAUACUGAUGAGGAAUUUAAGCCUAGGUUAUUUGAAAAUUCUGCUGUUCAUAGCUGCUCUCAAUGUGGUCAAUCCUUUAAAACUGCCGGCCUUCUACGCAGCCACCUCAAUCGUAUGCACGAUGAUAAAUCCUCGGAAAACUCUCUUAAAAAAGAAGGCAAGCAGAUACCUUGCAAUGAAUGUGAUCAAAUAUUUCCCAGUAAAAAAUCUCUCUACGGACACAUUGUAGACUAUCACAUGGGAUUUAAGUGUUCCAUGUGCGACAAACGUUUUAAACAGUUGCAACAACGUGAUCGUCAUGAAUUUUGUCAUACCGCAGCUCGUGUCUUCUCCUGUCAGAUCGAGGGUUGCGACAAAAGCUUUACCCACAAAUAUUAUUUACAGCGCCACCUGGACAGUCAUAAUAAGGAGCGUAAAUUUGUAUGUGAUUUUGAGAAUUGCAGUAAAGCUUUUCACACUUUACGUUGUUUGAAAGCGCACAAAAAUCGUCAUACUAAACCAAAAAAUCUGAUAUGUGAUACUUGUGGCUAUACCUGUCGCGAAUACGAUCGUUUGCGUAUACAUCAACGGGUGCAUACGGGGGAGAAACCUUAUGGUUGUCAAGAGUGUGGUAAAAGAUUUACCAGUAAUGCAGCUCUUUUGGAACAUACAGCCUCGCAUACCGGUAUACGUUCACAUAUUUGUAGUCAGUGUAAUGCAACAUUUACACGCCAGAAAUCGUUACAUCAACAUAGACUGAAAUGUACAGCUAGUGCGGUGUCUGCAACGUGAAAAGUUUAAAAAAAGGUAGUGUAAAAAACAUUCUAUAAUAAGAAUUUUAGGUGUACGAAAAUCAUCUUUUAAGGAUUCUAGCAUGGCUUGAAAGAAGCGUUUAAGAUGGUGGCAAGCGAAUGUUUCCAACCGACAAGGCGAAAUGUAAGAAGGAAUAAAAA